ACACAAGGUAUUUAGAUGUGGAGUGAAACCGUAUUUGGAUCGCUACGUGAAGCAGAUAUUUGGUCAGAUUCCAUGGCAUCUUGGAUAAACCACGAGCUCGCCACACGCCCUCUACACGUGGUGCAACCUCCUCCCUCCACCUCUGUUCUCAUCCUACGCUCCAAAAUGAGCCCCAUCAGAAUGGAACUCUCUCAAAGGGAGCUUAUAUUAUAUCAUCAGCCUCUUCAUCACUUCACCUCUCAUCUGCAUCUUUCUCAUCUUUUCUUCAUUUCUGUGAUGGAAUUAGCCAUGCUUGUGGGAGGUGUUUCAGCUGUUUCUCUCUCAGGGUCGUCAGGGGAGGGUCUUGGAAGUCCUCUUUUUGGUAGCUUCGGCUCUUCUUCCUCUUGUACUUCUCGGUGGCUGAGGAGAAGAGGGAAUAAUGGAUUGGUGGUGAGGGGAUCAGGGGAGAGAAGUAAUGAGUUGUCGACUAGUAGAGUGGUAUUUCAGCCGUUUGAAGAGUUGAAGAAGGAGGAUUUUCUUGUUCCGAUUUCUCCUCAACAUUCACUUGCUCGCCAAGGCUAUUCCGAGGAGUGUGAAGCAGCCAUUAAUGAACAAAUCAAUGUGGAAUACAAUGUGUCUUAUGUGUAUCAUUCAAUGUUUGCAUACUUCGACAGGGACAACAUUGCUCUCAGGGGCCUUGCCAAAUUCUUCAAGGAGUCAAGUGAAGAAGAAAGACAGCAUGCUGAGAAACUGAUGGAAUACCAGAACAAAAGAGGAGGAAAAGUAAAGCUACAUCCUAUCCUGAUGACCCCUUCAGAGUUUGAUCAUGCUGAGAAGGGAGAUGCAUUGUACUCUAUGGAGCUAGCAUUGUCAAUGGAGAAGUUAACAAAUGAGAAACUCCUGCUCCUGCACAGUGUGGCAGAUCGAAACAAUGAUCCCCAGUUGACAGAUUUUAUUGAGAGCGGGUUUUUGACAGAGCAGGUUGAAGCCAUCAAGAAGAUCUCAGAAUAUGUUGCCCAACUGAGAAGGGUUGGAAAGGGACAUGGUACGAAUCAAAUUUUAAAUUCACUCUUUGUCAUUUCUCUUUUCUUUGAGCAAGUGCCACUGUCUUCUUUUCAUAUAAGCUUGUAACCAAUGAAUCCAUCCGCUUCCAUUUGUUGGCAUUUAGAUCUUUUUUUUUUAAUUGGUUGGCCUGCAGGAGUGUGGCACUUCGAUCAAAUGCUCCUCGAAGAGGGUGGUGCAGCAUGAUGAAGCCUCAUAGUGUCAGUUCUCUUUCUUGGUCAGUCUUAGAUUUCAGGAGUGGCUUUCAGCAGUGUGGCACUUCACAUAUGGAGUUAUUUACAGUAUUGUCAUAUGCAGAAAUAUGCAUUGCUCUUUUGACAAAGGAGAGAAUGUUCUUGAAUACAGAGAGAAUAGAAUGAUUGUUGUCAUUAAUAGAUGAAAAAUAUUAGUAUAAAAUAAAGCUGUUAGUUGCAUUGCUUUCACCUA